AAGAAAUGCAAGCCUCGCAGGUGGGACAUGCUUGGUGGACCAUGGCUGCCUUCAUGCCACGUUUUAUUUCCGCACGAGUCUCCCAAAGAGGCCUCAGAACUGGGCGUGGAGGACGUGCAGCUGCAUGAGGCUCACUGCUGGCUGGGCUCCUCCAUCCCUCUGCUGCUUAUAAAAGAGGCCCCAAGAGCUCCCCUGCUCCCUCUGCUGUCUACUGAGGACACAGUGAGAAGACAGUCAUCUGCAAACUAGGAAGUGAAUCUGCUGGUGCCUUGAUCUUGGACUUCCCAGCUUCCAGAACUGUUGUUCAUAAGCUACCCCAGUUUACGGCGUAUUUGUUAGAGCAGCCUGAACAAACAUUUGGAGACAUCUGCUCUCCACCCAGAUGAAGUCUCACUCUGUCACUAGGCUGGAAUGCUGUGGCGCGAUCUGGGCUUACUGCAACCUCCAACUCCCUGGUUCAAGUGAUUCUCCUGCCUCAGCCUCCCGAGUAGCUGGGAUUACAGGUCUCCGUUCAAAGCCUUUGACCAUUUCUCGGAGUUUGGCGAUGCGAAGGACAGAGGCUGAGGAGAGGGGAAAACGUGGGGGAGUGGACUCCCAGACUCCCAGAUCCCGGAGAAGCCUCUGUGCAUUUGACAGCUGUGGACAUGGUGGCACACACAGUUAAGGUGGCACAGUGAGUCAGGGGCUGGCAUAGGUUGGAACCUGGUUCACCUGACACCAGGUUCAGACACCAGUUCCUCUUCCCCCUGAGUCGCUGGGUGCAGAGCCAGAGGAACGCCAGCGACCCCAGCAGCGCUGCGGAGGGUGCUGGCCGUGGCCGCUGCGGCCCCCGUGUCCAGGUGGGCCAGGACGCAGCCUCUGGGCGCCGUAGCUUUUCCAGCAUCGCAGAGGCAAAAGCGUGGCAGUGGGACCCAAAAGGUUGCUUGAAUGGGGGGCACCCUGGCAUGGACGCUGCUGUUGCCGCUGCUGCUGCCGGAGUCAGACAGCCUGGAACUGUCGUGCACCGUGUCCUCCGCGGAUGUGGACUGGAACGCGGAGUUCAGUGCCUCGUGCCUGAAUUUCAGUGGCCUCAGCCUGAGCCUGCCCCACAACCAGUCUCUGCGGGCCAGCAACGUGAUUCUCCUUGACCUGUCUGGGAACGGCCUGCGAGAGCUUCCAGUGACCUUCUUUGCCCACCUGCAGAAGCUUGAGGUCCUGAACGUGCUACGCAACCCGCUGUCCCGUGUGGAUGGGGCGCUGGCCGCCCGCUGUGACCUUGACUUGCAGGCUGACUGCAGCUGUGCCCUGGAGUCCUGGCACGACGUCCGCCGAGACAACUGCUCUGGCCAGAAGCCUCUGCUCUGCUGGGACACAACCAGCUCCCAGCACAACCUCUCUGCCUUCCUGGAGGUCAGCUGCGCCCCUGGCCUGGCCCCUGCAACUAUCGGGGCAGUGGUGGUCAGCGGGUGCCUGCUUCUUGGACUUGCCAUCGCUGGUCCCGUGCUGGCCUGGAGACUCUGGCGAUGCCGAGUGGUCAGAAGCCGGGAGCUGGACAAGCCCUGGGCUGCUCAGGAUGGGCCCAAGCCCGGUUUAGGCUUGCAGCCACGGUACGGCAGCCGGAGUGCCCCCAAGCCCCAAGUGGCCAUGCCAUCCUGCCCCUCCACUCCCGACUACGAGAACAUGUUUGUGGGCCAGCCAGCAACCGAGCACCAGUGGGCUGAACAAGGGGCUCACCCUUCAGAGGACAAUGACUUUUACAUGAACUACAAGGACAUCGACCUGGCUUCCCAGCCUGUCUACUGUAACCUGCAGUCACUGGGCCAGGCCCCGAUGGAUGAAGAGGAGUACGUGAUCCCCGGGCACUGAGCCUAAGAUGUCGCAACCUCCACCCAGAACCCCUUCAGUCCCUGCUGGGUCACUCAGGGCACCCUAACUCCUGCCUGGCCUCAGUUUCCCCAUCUGAAGAAUGGGGACAGGAAAGUAUUGUCCUUGAGGCCCCAGGAAGCUCUGCUGCUCCCUCCCUAUCCCCCGUGCCGCUCCUCAGCCCCCUCAGCUCCUAGAGGGGGAAGAGGAGAGACCCCCAACAAGGGGACAGGAGGGUCACUGUGUCAAUCCUGUCGUCACCCUCCUGUGGAUGUACAGGCAGUGCUCAAUAAAUGCUUUGAGGCUGAUGAGGCUUCUGGCUCAGGGUGAGUGGGUUCCUCAAGGUGGGGAUUUCUGAGUUCUAAGACCAAGUCUCCAUCUGAGACUCCCAAAUUGCUCCCCACCUCCAAUCCCUGUUUUUUUUUUUUUUUUGUCGUUUUUUUGUUUGUUUUUGAAACCAAGUCUCACUCUGUCACCCAGGCUGGAGUGCAGUGGUGCAAUCUCAGCUCACUGCAACACCUGCCUCCCGGGUUCAAGCGAUUCUCCUGCCUCAGCCUCCCGAGUAGCUGGGAUUACAGCACCUGCCACCACGCCCAGCUAAUUUUUGUAUUUGUAAUAGAGACAGGGUUUCACCAUGUUGGCCAGGCUGGUCUUGAACUAAUGACCUCAAGCGAUCUGCCUGCCUCGGCCUCCUGAAGUGCUGGGAUUACAGGCUUGGCCACCGUGCCCGGCCACAUUCCUCCCUUCUGCCCCUCUCAGGGCCCCUUCCCAGGUCCCUGAUCUCCAGGCUCGGCCUCCAGAGCAGCCCACACCACCCCCAAAAUAAAAAUAUAUAUAUUGCUUUAGCUCUAA